AAUUUGAAAAUAUUUCUAGAUAAAAUGUCCUUCUAUUGGUUCUCUCAGGUUGGACGAGAGCUUGACACUCCUUAUAUACUCCAGGAUUAAAUACAGCUCGUUAAACAAUAAGAAACCCUGAGAAAACCAUGGCUGGGGAGUUUAUUAGAGAAGAUUCAUCGAACGUAAUUUCUUUGAGUACUGGACUUAAUAGGGAUGAAUUCCGACUCCGGGAGAACAGAUCUAAUGCAGUUCCUAAAGAACCUUCAAGAAGAGUUCUGUUGGAUAGAAAGAACAGAACCAGAUCUAUACAAGAUCUGGAUCCUCAAACUCUUCGAGAUACGAUCAUAACAGCAUCGGAUAGAUCUGUUAGUUUCAAUGGAACAAGUGCUAUAAUAGAUACCCUGAUAUCCAGUCACAACCUGCUCUCUAGAACCUCGGAGCCAAGGAUGUUAGAAGCGGUCAACCGAGAGGAUUAUGUCCUGCUCAGGAGAUUGGUUGAGGAAAAGGGAGUUAGGUUGAGUGAUAUUCUUUUUAAAGCUGUUGAACUGAAUAAACCCAACCUUCUCUCCAAGCUGCUGAAGGACGGAUAUAACGUGAAUACAAUAGAGGAGGAGAGUGGUUCAGCUCUGCUCCAUGUUGCUGCAGCCAAUGGAAGUUUAGAGUGUGUCCGGAUACUGGUUGAAAAUGAAGCUGAUGUAAAUAUCUUGGACGGAAAGGGCGAAAUAACUCCGCUCCAUUGUGCAACCAGGGCUGGUUCUAGGUCCCUGGAGACCCUGGAGUUCCUGGUCAACAAUGACGGAGAUCUUAACGUAGGAUUGCAGAAUGAUGCCGGAUCCGUCCUGCAUUCAGCUGUCAGAAGUAAGAAUCUGCAGGUGGUUCAAUAUCUUCUGAACAACAAUGUUCAAACGGACAAUAGAAAGUUCUACGACUCCCCUCUCCACACCGCUGCAGAGAACGACUCCUACGAGAUCGCAGAGCUUCUCCUGAAGCAUAACAGUAUGCUGGUUAAUGCUCUACGAGGGGAGAAGACCAGAUUGACCGCUUUGCAUAUAGCUGCUGAGCACGGAUAUCCAGCAACAGUUAAUGUUCUACUCCGGUAUAAUGCGAAGGUAUCCCUGAAGUGUUCCCGAGGUUAUACAGCUCUCCACUAUGCUGCUAAGAGUACUUGUGAACAAGUUAUUGAUCUAAUCCUUAAACAGUCUCUGAAUGAAGAUGAGAAGCUUGUGAAUCGACCGGAUGAGAAAGGACAAACUCCUCUAAUUCUGUGUACUUUGAGUACUAACAAGGGUGUACUGAGGAGCAUGCAAUCCUUGAUUCUACAUGUAAAAAAAGCUGAUUUAGAUUCACAGGAUGAGAACGGAUGCACUGCUCUACACUAUGCAGCAAUAAAUAUGAAGGCAAACCGUGUGAACCUGUUAAUUCAACACGGAGCAGAUCUUAGCAUUAAAAACAACGCUGGAUUAUCUGGUCUUCACUUUAUAUAUAAGAAGGUCCCACAGUGUAUGAAGGCUCUAGAGUCCAGGUUAGAUUCUGGUUUAAAGCUGGAGGGAGGAACAUCAGAACUAAACUCUAAGAUUAAACUAGACUUCGCUAAACUAUCUCCGAGCAUCAACAGCUUCCAGAAACAAGAUAUUACUUUCUUCAUGGAGCUAGUUUCAUCAUCUGCUCACCAAUCCUUACUCAAGCAUCCUCUUUCAGAGGCUUUCCUUUACCUGAAAUGGAACCAGAUAAAAUACCUGUACAUGGUGUUUAUUGUUCUAUCACAUUUUAUCUUCUCUGUUGUGUACACAGUGUACGCUCUACUACUGUACUGCUCUCUAUGUGAACCUAAUGAUACUCCUGAGGAGAGAUGGCAGAUAUUUAAUUCAAAGAUAACUUGUGACAUGAGUUCUAGUAAAAUACCGACACUAAACUUGACAAUAUCGGCCUGGAUCCUUCUCAUCCUCUUCAUCAUCAUCUACUUCAUCAAGGAGCUCCUCAAGCUAGCUGCUAGUCCGUCCUGGUAUUUCCAGCAGUUGGAGUCCUAUCAUGAUCUUGCAAUCAUCAUCACAACUGUCAUCAUUAUCUGGUUAAACCCGCUAGACGAGAGCCGUGUCAUAGAAAUAGGUCGAUGGCAAUAUCACGCGGCAUGCAUUGGUUCAUUCAGUACAUGGUUGUACAUGAUGUUUCUCAUUGGUAGAGUCCCUAGGUUUGGCAAAUAUGUUCAGAUGUUCAGAACUGUAUCUAUGAGUGUACUGAACUUCAUGAUCGCCUAUAUUUUCCUUAUCUUCGCCUUUGCUACAGCAUUCAUGAUUGCUUUCCCUCGACACGAAUCCUUUGCUUUGGUUCCAACUGCAAUCAUAAAGUUGAUCAUAAUGAUGUUGGGGGAGAUAGACUAUGAGUCCCUGUACUACUCGACAUCUCAAAGUAUAGAAAAUGGAACGAUAGUUGACAAUGUUGAGACCCAAGUGUUUCCUGUAACAGCUCAUUUCUUCCUUUUCCUGUUUACAAUCCUUGUCUCUAUAAUCCUGAUGAAUCUCCUGGUUGGUCUGGCAGUCUCAGAUAUACAAGGACUAAACAAAUCUGCCAGAUUACAUCAACUUCUGCAACAGGUUAACCUUAUCAAUUACAUGGAGAGAUUGAUGUUUUCUCCUUACUUUAAAUAUAUACCGGAUUCUUUUCAAACCUUCCUCAGAUACAAACUACAGGGACUCCAAGGACAGAGUAGGACGGUUUACACUGUUAGACCUCAUGAUAUUAAUGAUAAGACACUACCAGAGAGUCUUAAGAGAUCAAUCCUGGAAAACUGUCUCAGACGUGAGAGCCGUGAGUCCCGGUAUAACCAGGAGAAGGAACUGGAGAAUAUGAACCGAGAUAUACAACGAAUACUGAAACUUCUCUCCUCUAAGGAUUCUGUAGAUGCACCCGGGAGACAGGGAAAGAUAAGCACGAUAAGCGCGUUCUCCAACUCACUAGCUGUUGACGAUGAUAUUGAUUCCGACCUAGAAGAUUCAAUAGAUAACCUUCCACAGAGAGGUUUUCUAGGACGGAUAGAUGAGGAGAUCUCCAAUAGGACUAUGAGAAGGAUAGAAAGCUAUAUAUCCAACGCAAGUACGGAGAGUGAUGUUAGAACUAUCAGUGAUUAUAUCGGUGUAGAGGAGAUGGAUCCAGCCCUGGUUUAAAAUCUUAAUAUUAUAAAAUUUAAAAUUUAUUUAGAAAAAAUAGAUUUAUGUAAUAUGUAAAA